AUGAAGACAACCGCCGUGGUCGCAGCCGCUGCGCUGCUGGGCUCUGCCGCCGCCAAGGUGCAUAAGCUCAAGCUGGACAAGGUCCCCCUUAGUGAACAAUUUGAUAAGCGUAGCUUGAACGACCACGUGCAGUCGUUGGGCCAGAAAUACAUGGGCUUCCGUCCGUCCCAGCCCGAGGAUCAGUUCCAAGACACAUCCAUCAAACCCGAAGCCGGCCACGACGUGCUAGUCGACAACUUCCUGAACGCUCAGUACUACUCUGAGAUCACCAUCGGCACACCCCCCCAGACCUUCAAGGUCGUCCUGGACACUGGUAGCUCGAACUUGUGGGUUCCAUCGUCGUCUUGCAGCUCGAUCGCUUGUUAUUUGCACAGCAAGUACGACUCGUCGGCCUCAUCGACGUUCAAGAAGAACGGCAGUGAGUUCGCCAUCCAAUACGGCUCUGGCAGCCUGGAGGGCUUUGUUUCGCACGAUGUUGUCACCAUCGGCGAUCUCGAAAUCAAGGACCAAGACUUUGCCGAAGCCACCAGCGAGCCUGGCCUGGCUUUCGCCUUUGGCCGCUUCGACGGUAUCCUAGGUCUCGGUUUCGACACCAUCUCUGUUAACAAGAUUGUGCCUCCGUUCUACAACCUGUUGAACCAGAAGUCUCUUGACGAGCCCGUGUUUGCCUUUUACCUGGGCGACUCCAGCAAGGAAGGUGAUGACUCGGAGGCUACCUUUGGUGGUAUUGACAAGAGCCACUAUACCGGCGAGCUUGUCAAGAUCCCUCUCCGCCGCAAGGCCUACUGGGAGGUCGACUUUGACGCCAUUGCAUUUGGCGACAGCGUUGCUGAGCUUGACAACACCGGUGUCAUCCUGGAUACCGGUACUUCUCUGAUUGCUCUGCCUUCUACUCUUGCCGAGCUCCUUAACAAGGAGAUUGGCGCUAAGAAGUCGUGGAACGGCCAAUACACCGUCGACUGCGCCGUUCGUGACUCUCUCCCCGACCUGACCGUUACCUUGAGCGGCCACGACUUCUCCAUCACAGCUUUCGACUACAUUCUAGAGGUGCAGGGCUCCUGCAUCAGCGCCUUCAUGGGCAUGGACUUCCCCGAGCCCGUUGGUCCUCUCGCUAUCCUCGGUGACGCUUUCCUGCGCAAGUGGUACAGCGUCUACGACCUGGGCAACGGCGAGGUUGGUCUUGCCAAGGCCAAGUAA